GUGAGACGGAGUCACGAGAAGAUCUUUCUUUUUUAUUGUGGCUAACCCCCCUCCAAAGGAUUUACAUUUUAUGUGAGAAAUAUUAUCGAAAAAGUGUAAUUAAAGAAGAUUUACAUCAUCUUGGUUUUGUGAUUGUGUGUGUGUAUGUUCUAGUGGUCGUUUUUAAUUUAACCAAAACGAAUGAACUGAAAGCGAAGAAGGCGACUUGAAUGUCGCCGUUCGGAUACGUAUGACGAAUCCCAACCGUCGUGGUUUCCUGUUUUCGCCUUGGUUGAAAUAAAGGCGCUAUUGUUUUUUUUCUUUUCGCUGUUACAGCAAUAAAAGCACAGAGCUUCCAAAACAAAAAGAAAAAUGCAACGCUCGCGCUUGUUGUUGCUUUGUGCGAUCGUAUCGACGCUGUCUGGCACCCUUGCUGGGCCGGUCGAUCAACCGAAUGCACAACGGGCUCAGUUGUCUUUGCAAACGUCUCAUUCAUUUGGAUUGUGCAAUGAUUCACGAUGCUCGUGCAAUGAUUCUUCGCACGGAAUGGCCAACGUCAUCUGUCAAUGCUCACCCCAGGAUCAGGAAGCAACGCUAGACAUUCAUAAGACGUCAGUGCCGCCUAACGUCUCUAGUGUAGUGAUCCGAAGUUGUCGCAGCGUGAUCGUUCACGAAGCCGGAUUCAAACACUUGAGCCAUCUGUCCAACGUGACUGUAGAAGACGUCGGCGAAGUUGUCUUUCAUCCAGCAUCGUUCAAUCAGACACACGUCGUUAAAGCAGCGACUGUGAUCAUCGGUAGAUGUCGCCAAUUAACAAUCAAAAGCGGUGCUUUUUUGAGCCAUCCACUUAAACCCGUCGCCCUUUCAUCCUCGCAUUGCCAUAGUGUGCGCAUUGAGGAAUCCGCAUUUUCACGUCUCAGUCGGCUGACGUUGAGCAACGUCCAGUCGUUGCACCUGGCCUCGCUGGCUUUCCGCUUCGCUACCGCUAGUCCAGUUGAUGGAGACCACAUCCGAUCUGAGAUCGUCAUUGAACAUGCCAACAUGACAGAAAUAAAAAGUUUCACAUUUCCGUCACCGUUGGACAGACUUGUGCUGGACAACGUGACCGUGACGGGCCAAAUCCAAUCGAAUGCCACUUCGGCAUUACGCAUCGUUCAGCUAAGCAUCCACGGCUCACGAAUCGGUUCGAUCGCAGGUGGCGCGUUCAGCGAAUUCACGCACCUCGAUUCGCUCGAAAUGCGAUACACUUCGAUAGGUGACAUAGACGAGCGUGCAUUUUCAUCGGCCGCUUCGUCGUUUAUUAUGGAAGUCUGCCAAAUAGGACGCAUGAAUCGAAGUGCCUUGUCUAUGCCCGUCGCACGCGUAACCCUACAUUCCAAUCAAAUCAACGUGCUUUCCACCGGUGCCAUUUACCUACGUGAAUGGAACGAACUGCUAAUCGAAAACAACACCGUGACGCUUGUCGAACGUCACGCGUUCUACAACAUCGGUGAGCCUAAACUUCUCCCGUCUCCGAAAGCCGAACGGGACGUCCGUUUCGUCAUACGGUACAACAACUUCCAGCAAGUGGAACAGGGCGCUUUUGUUAUCAGCGCUCAGGUACCCCAACUGAAAUUGGAGGCGAAUUCUUUCCAGCAAGUGUGCGAUUGUCAAAUGGCAGGAUGGGCCGCUCAACUGACUCAAAUCACUCGCAUAGCAGAGACCACAACGUCCGCCUCUUUCAUCGAAGACUCUGUUCCUGAUGCCCUAUGGCUCGGCUCGUCAUUGUUCAACAGUAGUUUAUGUUGGUUGGAUCAGAUAGCCACGGAAUGUUUGGACCUGUCCCAACCGCAAUUUCUAUCCAUGAACAAUUACACGGAAGAGUUUUGCUCCGACGCACGUGAGACCGAACUGAGCCGCUGCGUGGCCACCAGACGUGCACUGCUGGACGUCAGCCGAAUAAUCGAGUUCGACAUUGAAGAUGGCAGUGUAACAAAACUAGUUGGCUUCAGUUCACGACAAGAUUUGGUGAUGAUCAUCGUUCUUGGAGCGCUCUCUGCUUGCGUCUUAUUGGCCGUCUGCCUGGGCAUGGCCAUUAUCCGCUUUAAGAGCAAAACACGUCGUCAGAAUCGCGGACGUAAAGCUGCGUCGGAUGACGAACGAGUCACGUGUUCACCUUUGAUUCCCAAUGUGGAGAAACAAUUGGGAAGCGGAGUCGUUUCGUCCGGCUCCAUUUCACGUCUGUCCGUCAAGGAGUACCGAAAUUAUUUGGAAGAGCUCGGACCGAUUUAUUCGGAACCGCUGGAUCCUCCGAAUCCAAGCGGAUGGCAAGCCUUAGCCAGUCAUUCGGUUCCACCGGCCAUUCCAACCAUGCCUAGCCAAUGGACACCGAAAACAACGGCCAAAAUCGAGGACACCGACAGGCAAACGAUGGACCGAGGUACGCAGACGAACACGAAAAUCCCGGAAUCUGUGGAUUCAUCCGAAAACAUGGAUGAAGGAGACCCACCGUCUAGUCUGGCCCUCGAGUUCACUCAGGAUGUCAUGGCGGCCCUACGAGACAAGAUGGAAGUUUCCCCUCUGUACAGCGAAGUCAAAGAUUCAGUUGUCACGAAGGAAAAAAACAUUCCGCCGUCGGAAGGAGGUGAUGCGACGCCUGAACUCUACGAUCUCAUUAGAGUGGUAGAUGGCGAUCAAAGACCGUCUACGUCCUCCGCCAAGUCGGAGCAUAUCUACUGCAAACCGUGGAGCGCUGAUCAAUCGGAGAGUCGACUUCCAUCUGUGGAUGACGCAGCAUCCAUCGAGCUUAAAAUGGAAGACAAACAGCCAUCCGAUAGCCAAUCAGCUGCUGGGUUAAAGAACGUUCCAGCUUCGAAAAAUCAGCCUUUUCAUGUGCGUGGAUCUGUUCCUAAAUGGCCCCCUCCAGCAAGAGAAGACAAGCUGGCCAACCGAAACAACACUGAACCGAGAAUCACAUCCGCCUCGUCCAUCAAAGAUGCCAAACCUCCGCCUUGGAGAAAUUCAUCUCGGCCGGCCCCAAAGAAAUCACCAACUACGUCGUCUGGCACUCCGGCUGCUUCCGCCAAAACAAAGUCUUCCCCAAACCAAUCGAAGUUGCAGUCAGCCGGAAAGCCAUCAGCUGCGCAAUCCAUUGCACCGGAUGGCGCUCCUCGCUCCCCUCCGCCGACUAAUGAGGGCGAAAACAAUGCGGAAGUGACGGGCCAAUCGUCUAGUUUUUCAUUCCGACGGCCCGCCGAUGGUCAGGACAAAAGCGGAAUGACCGGUCCUCCCAAACCGGCUAGGACAGCCUUGCUGUGCGAGUAUGCCGAUCCGCACGACCUCAGCGAGCCGUUGUACUCUGAGUUGGUCGUACAAGAUGAAAAACGGAAUGAUCUUCUGUGAUCCAACUCACGUAACCCUCUCGGCUUUUCUCACGUUUGCUUCCUUUUCCAAUCCGUCGAAAACGCCUUCGCUCCUAGGCCUUGCUGGAAAUGUGUAACUGGUUAAGAGUUAACCAAGUCAAAAAUCGUCAUCAAUGUCAAUGUUGUUUUUAAGAGUUCUUUUUCAUAUAUUUGGGCGUGUGUGUACAUUGCGUGUACUUAGUUGCCAUUGUGCUUUGAACUGUUGGGUAUGAUUCACCAACAGCCACUAAUAAAGAUCUUGCGAUUC